UUUAACUACCAUUUGAAAAUAUUUGCUGAUCACCCUGGCGCGCUUCCCGACCGGCAGCAUACACCUCGCAGCUGGAUUGAAACAAAUUUCCAAAAGAGAGAAUGCAUCAAAUUCAUACCAUCCAAAGAUGAGACAAAAUGUUGUUGCGGUCAAGCACGUCAAACGCAUCAAACUAUACCGGGCAUCGAAAGUGGUUCACCCGGUGACGCUUGGCUGCCACAGAAGCAUACACGAGCACAACCCACCGACGCAUAUGGUACGAUUGAAUUUCAAGGCGGUGCACAUCCGACCAAAGCGCAGUAUGUACGUUUGUCCUUUGAUACACGACCGGAAUUGCUAGUUCAACUGUUUACCAAAGAAUGGAAUUUGGAACUGCCAAAACUUUUGAUUACAGUACAAGGUGGCAAGGCGAAUUUCGAGCUGCAACCAAAGUUAAAGAAGGAAAUUCGCAAGGGCCUUUUGAAGGCGGCGAAAACGACUGGCGCAUGGAUUUUUACAGGCGGAACAAAUACAGGUGUUACAAAACAGGUGGGCGAUGCGUUGUUGCUCGAGGGUCAGCAGCGGAGUGGUCGUGUUGUUAGUAUUGGUAUUGCACCCUGGGGCAUAGUGGAGCGUAAUCACGAACUUUUGGGACAUAAUCGUGAGGUGCCCUGUCAUAGCAUAAGUUCGCCAAGGUCAAAAUUAGCAGUGUUGAAUAAUCGUCAUGCUUACUUCCUGCUGGUCGAUAAUGGUACACAAGCGAAAUAUGGCGCUGAAUUGAUAUUGCGACGAAAAUUGGAAAAAUUCAUAUCGAACUUAAAACUACAUCCAUUUACACAUUCCAGCACACCGGUCGUCUGUCUGGUUAUCGAAGGAGGUACAAAUACGGUACGUGCGGUAUUAGAGUACGUGACGGACACACCGCCAGUGCCAGUGGUGGUAUGUGAUGGUUCGGGUCGUGCAGCGGAUCUGAUAGCGUUUGUGCACAAAUAUGCCUCCGAUGGCGAGGAGCAGCCAGUACUGGAGUCCAUGCGGGAUUACUUAAUAACUACUAUACAAAAAACUUUCGAAGUCGGCUUCGAUCAAGCGGAAAAACUUUACCAAGAACUUUUGCAAUGCACACGAAAUAAAAAUUUGAUAACCGUUUUUCGUAUACAAGAGAAGCCCGAAGGCGAGGCGCAGGAAUUGGAUCAGACCAUAUUGACGGCGCUGUUCAAAUCGCAACACUUGAGCCCACCGGAACAGCUGAGUUUGGCGUUGACAUGGAAUCGCGUCGAUAUAGCUCGUAGCGAAAUUUUCGUCUAUGGGCAGGAAUGGCCACACGGCGCUUUGGACGAAGCGAUGAUGCAGGCACUCGAGCACGAUAGAAUCGAUUUUGUGAAAUUACUAUUGGAGAAUGGUGUUUCAAUGAAGAAAUUUUUGACAAUACCACGCCUUGAGGAAUUAUAUAAUACAAAACAUGGUCCAGCCAAUACUUUAGGUUACAUUUUACGCGAUGUACGUCCACACAUCCCCAAAGGAUACGUCUACACAUUACAUGAUAUCGGCUUAGUUAUUAACAAAUUGAUGGGUGGCGCGUAUCGCUCCUAUUAUACACGCCGAAAAUUUCGUCCGAUUUACGCCAAAGUUAUGAAUAGUUAUGCCAAUGCACACCGAAAAUCUUCAACAUAUCAACGUUAUGCUGGCGCGAAUUCCUUGAGUUUGGUUACCGGAUUGCUGCCAUUCACAACGGAAAUGGCACUUUUUGAAUUUCCUUUCAAUGAGUUGUUGAUUUGGGCAGUGCUAACGAAACGCCAACAAAUGGCGUUGCUUAUGUGGACGCACGGUGAGGAGGCGCUAGCGAAAUCCUUGGUGGCCUGCAAGCUGUACAAGGCAAUGGCGCACGAGGCGGCCGAGGAUGAUUUAGAUACGGAAAUCUAUGAUGAAUUGCGCGCAUAUGCAAAGGAAUUCGAAAGCAAAGGCAUCAAGUUACUAGAUUUCAGCUAUCGCACAGAUGGGGAGAAGGCUCAACGACUGUUGACAUGUGAACUGCACUCAUGGUCGAACCAAAGUUGCCUUUCCCUGGCGGUGGCCGCCAAUCAUCGUGCACUUCUGGCACAUCCGAGCAGUCAAGUGAUAUUGGCCGAUUUGUGGAUGGGCGGUUUGCGAACGCGUAAAAAUACAAAUUUUAAGGUUAUCUUAGGUCUUUUGAUACCCGUUUAUAUCAGACAUUUGGAUUUCAAAUCCAAAGAAGAGCUACAACAAAUGCCACAAACCGAAGAAGAGCACUUGGAGAAUCAAAAUUUGGACAACGACGAUUCGGAUCGUUCGCAGCCCGAUGCAGAGUGCAAACUUAUAACAAUCGAAAAGACAUCACCGUCGUAUAAUAGUUUAACAUCUCAUUCAACACAUGCACUUUUGGCGGACACAUACUCCAUACGCGAUACUAAAGUACAAGAAAAUGGAAAAGUUUCACUCACCGAUUCUGAUCCAUUGCAAUUUCGAGAUAUUUUUAAUUUGGGCGAUUAUGAGUUGAAACAACAUCAACCGCUGCGACUGAAGAAAAAAUUCUAUGAAUUUUAUACGGCGCCCAUUACGAAAUUCUGGGCAGAUUCGAUUGCCUACAUGUUUUUUCUAUUCAUGUUCACCUACACCGUUCUAGUGAAGAUGGGACCCACGCCACGUUGGCAGGAAGUCUAUUCGAUUGCGUACAUUGCAACAUUGGGUUUUGAGAAGAUACGUGAAAUUAUCUCUUCAGAACCGGUGGCUAUAACCCAUAAAUUUGCGGUGUGGGCCUGGAAUAUGUGGAAUCCUUGCGAUGCAGCUGCUAUUAUCUUGUUCCUGAUCGGUCUAUCGUUACGCUUUCGGCCGAACACUAUGGAUAUUGGGCGUGUGAUUUACUGUGUAGACAGUAUUUAUUGGUAUUUGCGAAUACUAAAUAUAUUGGGCGUUAACAAAUAUUUGGGUCCUUUGGUCACAAUGAUGGGCAAAAUGGUUAAAAACAUGAUUUAUUUUGUAGUACUCUUGGCUGUGGUGCUAAUGAGUUUUGGCGUCAGCCGUCAGGCUAUACGGCAUCCGGGCAACGAGCCAACAUGGGGUUUAAUUAAAGAGCCAUUUGGCGGCUUUAAUGAAUUGCAGUACGUCAAAAAUACUGACCUGCCGAGUGUCUUUGGCCUCCGCCUUGCAAGGGCUGGACACUCGCACUCGAAGUAUUCGACUGUCUCUUUUAAGUCCGGGUCAUCGCAUGCACCUCAACGGGCCUUUAGCAUGCACCUCAACGGGCCAGUGCUCUAUGCACACUGUGGUCCUUUGGUCACAAUGAUGGGCAAAAUGGUUAAAAACAUGAUUUAUUUUGUAGUACUCUUGGCUGUGGUGCUAAUGAGUUUUGGCGUCAGCCGUCAGGCUAUACGGCAUCCGGGCAACGAGCCAACAUGGGGUUUAAUUAAAGAGUUGAUUGCUGGUUCGAUUAUAGCGCCGGGUUUUCUGGGCGCUUUGGGCCAUAAUAGUCGCUCGCAUAACGCACGCAUACCUGGCUAUGGACAGGGCGGUUUGCAUCGUUCGUCGGCUACAACAACAACCACUACGACAACUAGCACUACCACUUCUACCACAACAACAACAACAACAACAUCGUCGGCAAUACCACAAUCAACGCACAAUUUGCCAAAAUCCGACAUUUUGAACACCUUUAGCGGCAAUUUGACAAAUGUUUAUUAUCAGCCUUACUUCAUGUUGUAUGGUGAAGUGUUUGCCGAUGAUAUUGAUCCACCGUGCGGUGAAGAGCCUCAUCAGAAGCCUUGUCCCACAGUAUCGUUUGUGCGAUUGUGUUUGGUUUGGAUGUUCCAACGCUUCACUGUCGUCAUGGAGUAUCAACAAAAACCCGUACUACCGCCACCAUUCAUUGCACUCUGCCAUUUCUACUCGUUGCUUAAGUAUUGUAUACGUAAAGCGAAAGGAUUGGAGGUACAACGUGACAAUGGCUUAAAAUUGUUUCUCGAAAAGGAUGAUAUGGAGCGUUUGUACGACUUCGAAGAGGAAUGCGUUGAGGGUUUCUUUCACGAACAGGAAAUCAUAUUGAAUCAAUCGACUGAUGAACGUGUGAAAAAUACAACGGAACGUGUUGAAAUAUUGGCACAAAAAAUUGAGGAUAUCAAUCAAAAGGAGAAUGUACAAACGGCCACUGUGCAGAGUAUCGAAUUUCGUCUGCGCAAAAUGGAAGAAUCUUCGGAGCAAAUACUUUCGCACUUGGCGGUCAUACAUCGUUUCAUGUCGAUGCAUAUGCUUGAUGGAGGCGAUUUGCACGCAUCGAAUAUGAAUCUCGGCGGAGAUUUACAGCGUGUACGCACCGUGUCGAUGUCUGAUAAUGAGACACUGAUGCCAACACCGAAUUUACAGGUCAACAACCGUCGUCGCUUUAAUCGUUCGCUCACAGAAGUGCGCCCGGAUGCGUACAUUUUCGAUGAAGGCACCCAUUUCGAGGUGGUGCCAGUACCUGAAGAGCCAGACGAUCUGCCGCUGAGCGAGCAUGUGAGCCGCAAAAUAUCCAUGCAAUCCGAAUCUGACUCGGACAUUUACCUACCGAUGUCACAACGCCCGUCCACAUGUGAGACUGUAAAGCGUACGCCAUACGUGACGGUGCGGCAGGACACUGGCGCCAGCACUGAGAGCAAAGAUACUUUAACACCACUGGGUGCCGAUGAUGAACACACGCUGGUCGGAGAGAAUUCGGAUGAGACUGGUCAGGAUUUAAAUUUCGAAGCUGCCAAGCGUCGUGCACUGCGCCAACGCACCGUAUCGCUGUGUCGUCGCAACUCUGAAGCGUGCUCCAUCAUAGCUGCCGAUAUUAACCGCUCACGCAUAAGUCUGAAUCAGUUGCCGCUGUCACGCCGGCAAAUGAGUCUCACACAAUCUGAGCCAGAUAGUGACAAGGAGGCGAUUGGAGGGGGAAAAUCUGUAUUGCAUGCGAAAUCCGGCAGAAAUGUACUUUUGAAACUUCAUACCGAAUACACUUCGAUAACGGAUGAAUUGGAGAGUGUAUGCCAUUUGAUUGCAUCGCCGACGGUUUCGUUGCCCAGCAAUAAAGCAUCACUGGAUCGCCCGAUGGGUGAGAUGUCUAAGGCUGAAUUUGCUGCCAUGUUGGAGAAGCAACAUUUGAAGGAAUGCGAAGAGAAUGACUACAUGAUGUUGGAGGGACUAUUUCAGGCACGUGCAUCCAUCGAUGACACGGACAACUCAUUUGGGACCGGCGCCUCUGCAGAGUUCAGUCAUCGGCAUCCACUGCGUCGUGAAACAGCCAUCGAACUGUCACCGUCCAAACCGCCAUCGGGUGGCGGCUUGCUCGGUUGCGGUAACAGCAGCGACACAAGUGGAGCUGGCAGCGGCGGCCCUGGGGGUGGUNGUGGAGCUGUUGUAUUUUCCAGCUCAUCCACCGGCCCAGCUGGGUUCCUCUUGAAAAACGAGCGGCCAUGGCAGCGCAACUCCUCCAUGGAGCAGCAACAAACAUAUCAAUCGGCAGCGGUGCCAACGCGCGCCACAAGCGAAUUCUUAAAUGCACCAUUCGAAAGCACCGGCAGAUUAUUCAAAAAGUCCAGCGAGAGUUUACAAAAAGGCUCCAGCACAGAGACCGACUAUUCAGCGCAUCCAUAUCGCUUUAUUAAGCAAAGUUCAAACGACACAACCACCUCAAUGACUGGUUCCUACAACAUCGAUACACCAUCGCUGGCGGCUGAACUGUCGCUUGAUGCAGUCGAAACAAAUACACAAACAACGCCCACCACUGUGCAGGAGCUUGUCGCCAGCAGCGGCGCCGGUGGAAAUGGCACAGCCACUGCUGCAAGCAACGGCAACGCGAGCGACACUACUGCACGUUAUCAACCGCUACGCACAGCUGCCAUGGGCGCCAGUGAUGGCAAACGUGAUAUGGUCAACAAGCGCGCCAGCGAAGUAGCGGCAUCAACGCCCAUGGAGCUGGGCGCCACAACAGCAGCAGCUGCAGCGGCGGUAAUGUCGCAGGUGCAGUCCGCGUUGCCGCGUGCCAUGCAGCUGAAGAAGCAGUUUAGCAUGGAUCAAGCGAGCAAAGUGCAGCCACAGCAGCUGCAACACUCAUUGCACACACAAACGCUCAACGCGCUGCCGGCGACAACAGCAACAACGACUGGUGCAGCGAAGACAAUUGGCAGCGCGUUGGUCGAUACGAGCGCAACAAGUGCGGCCGCUGCUGUACUGCCAGCACUUGCAGUGCCAGCCAAAUUGCUAUCCUCACUCAAGCCGCCCGGCGGCAUCAAAACACUCGGCAUGAACAUACUCAAGGAGAGCAGCUCCAGCACGGAGGAGUCAAAGGAGAGCGGUGGCGACAAUGUGCACGCCACCGCAGCCAUGCCACAAAUAAGCACACACACAGUACAAGAUGAAAUUGCCAAACUGUCGUCCAAUAUCAAAUCAAGCACCGAAUCGGAGAAGGAUCCACCAUACAAUGAGACAAUGUGCUGAUUAGCAAAGGCAGUUGGCCGACUAGCAAACACUGUCUACUAUUACCCACAUACCUACACAUUUAUAUUACCUGUGCAACGGCAGCAAAAGCAAGCGUGAAUUUUAUAAACUAACUACCUACCUACACAUACCUAAUUGUAUCUAAAAACUUUAUUGUAUAAGUACGAGUAUGUAUAUAAAUAUGUAUGUGAUUGUGCGUUGUUGAUUAGUGUAGUAGAGCGUUUAGGAAGCGUUUAGAUACAUAUGUAUAUAUGUCACAUAAAGAUGAGGAUGAAGAAAAUGCCUAUAUAUCUAAAGAGAAUAUACUUAUACAUACAUACAUUAUACAUCUACAAGUAAGCUAAAAACAAAAAAGAAUUGCUCAUAGAAAAUGAUAUAUAAUGCUAGUGAAGUGUAUUUUAAAAAUGUCAUUUUUUAUGUAUUAAAUUUUAAAACUAAUUUUAAAAUGCGAAGUUAGCGGACGCAUGCAUGUGAUGAUUGUUCAUUCGAGCAAAACAAAAAGGGAAAACAUAAAAAAUAACAACCAGCAUUUGCCAUACGUAAUUAUGUCACUAAACAUAAAUUGCCGCGCGCACAGCAUACUUUAGCGUAUAUUUAAGCUAUGUACAUAUUCAUAAAUCAAACUCGUUUUAAUAUUCUAGAUUGUUGUAAAAUAUUGAAAGAUAACAAUUAUCAAAUACUUAUUUUGUUUAGCUUAAAAAUUUGUUUGCCAUUUACCGUUAUUUGUUUUUGAUAGGUGUGUGUAUUUAUUGAAAAUUGUUAAUUGCUUAUUUGUAGCUAACAAUAAGCUGUUACAUAUUGUUUACAAGUUUUAGGUAAGCUUAUUUGCAUUUUUAGGGAUUUGCCAAAACUUAGUUUUUAAUAAAUAAAUAGUUAUAUAUGUAUGUAUUAAUGUAUAGCAUGUACAUAUGUAUGUACGUAUACAGCUGCAAUUGUAAGAAACCUCAUUGCUCAAACAGUUUUAUUCUUAUUAUUUUAUUUUGUUGUUGACCGCCGAAAAUUUUGUGUACUACUAUAUUGUAAUUAUAAAAACAAAAAAAGAUCUCUUGCAUAUUACGAAAACUGAUGCCGCCAAUAAAGAAAAUUAAAAAAAUAAAUAAUAGUAAUAGUUGUACAAGUGGUGCGUUCGCCGUACAUAAAAGAAAAUACAUACAUUUUUUUUUAUUGUUGUUACGACUAAAGCACAAAUUUUCGGCGCAAAUUUUAUUGUACUUAUACUCAUAAUUUUAUUGCAUUUUUUCAUGUUAGCGCAAAUAUUUAAUAAAAGUAAAACCAUAUUAAGCUCGACGAAAUUCAGGAGGUAUAAACACCUUUUAUUUAGAACUACAAACAAAACUAAUAAAUAUGUGUGUGGUAGGUAAAUUUUUCCAACAUUAAUUUCCAAAACUAUUGGUAUUUGUAUUAAUUUAGAUGUUUCUUCCUAGCACAAGAAUUUCACAAAUUAUUAGAUCUUAUUCAUUUUCGGUGAUCCCUACUGAAAUUUCCUGCUUAACAUUUGUUCAUAAUGUUUCAAUCCUUCAACUGCCAUUCUUAAUGAAGUCACAUUGCUUCUACAAAAACCACGUAGCUAUUGGAUUUAGACGUUAAAAUGUUGUACGAAGUAUUGAGUUUUUGUGAUGAGUUGGAUCUAAAUCCCUUCGAGGUUUAACUGACAAGCAUGUAUACUAACGUUUGGCCAUUUUUCGUCAAGGCUCCAAAAUAAAUUCUUUACACUGUUCUACAAUGUACUUUAACAGCCAAUUUCACGAAAGCAAUUUAAGUGAGAAAUGAUUUUGAUUUUAGAAUUUUUAUAUGGAAAUUGACAGAAAAUAAAAAAUCAUUUUCCCUUUAAAUUCCUUUUGAAGUCGGCUGUAAGUUUCAUUGGCCGCAUGAAUAAAAAAAUAAGCAAAUAAUUUAUUUAUUUUAAGAAAAACCAGUUGCUUAGUUUUUAUUCAUUAUUUGUUUGAUUUCGCCUUCACGGGAGUUA